CUCAUUCAACCAACAAUGGCAACUAAGCGGAAAGACCCAGCGGUGUAUACAUUGACUGCAGGAUCCAUUGCAGGAGCAAUUGAGGCUACGAUUACUUAUCCGACAGAGUUUGUCAAGACACAGUUGCAACUACAACAGGGAUCCAAGAGCAGUAGUCCUGUCCAAAAAAGUGCCACGGCACCCAAGGGACCAAUUGAUAUUUUAGUGAGCACAGUCAGGACGCAGGGACUCACCGCCAUCUAUCGAGGCUUGUCUGCUAUGGUCAUUGGCAACACUGCCAAAGCAGGGGUCCGCUUCUUUUCAUUUGAACAAUACAAAAAUCUGCUCAAGGAUUCAGAGGGGAAAACCACAGGCGUUCGAUCUGUCCUUGCUGGACUUGGAGCUGGUAUGACAGAAGCUUUGUUUGUAGUGACGCCUUCAGAAACUAUCAAGACAAAGCUUAUUCAUGAUGGAAACUCUGCCAACCCACAGUACCGUGGUCUAGUUCAUGGCGUGAAGACGAUUGUCAAAGCUGAAGGGCUUGGUGGCAUUUAUCGAGGAGUGAUCCCUGUAAUGGCUCGUCAAGGUGCUAACAGCGCCGUUCGAUUCGGUGUUUAUUCAAGUCUCAAUGAUUUAGUCAAGGCGCGGAUGAUGGCAUCAGGAACACAACAGAUGCCAGCAGCAUAUACCUUUGGCAUUGGAGCCAUUGCAGGCAUUGUGACGGUUUACACAACCAUGCCAUUGGAUGUAGUCAAAACCAAGAUGCAAGGGUUGAAUGCACGUCAACUCUACUCUGGCGUAUUUGACUGCUGCUGGAAAGUAUUCAAAAAUGAGGGUCUCUUGAGUUUUUGGAAUGGAGCAACGCCUCGGUUGGCACGCCUCUCGAUGUCCGGUGGAAUUGUGUUCAGUAUAUAUGAGAGCACGAUGACUAUUCUCCGCAAGCUUGACAACUUUAGUCCUCUGCACUCAUGAUUCAAACAAGCCUUGAAAAAGUCAUGUUUGACGCCGUUCGACAAAAAAUCCUCCUUGGAAAUAUUAUAGAUAAUGG